UUGUUUCCUUCCGGUUUGUAUGGCCUUCACCUUGCCACGCAAAUGGUUGCUGCAACUAGCUUCUUUCACUUUAGCAAAUGUGUUCCAGGUUUUGCAGAUACGAUAUGUCGAAUUCUGAAAAUUCGUGACUGGAUUUUUGCCGUUAGACUACAGAUGUUCUGAAAUUUAAGAUGCCUUCAUUACAUCAGUUAACUCAUGUGAUGUCAGUGGUGGUGAUAUCAUUCCUUCUAAAGAAGUAUAUUGAAGUCAGAGUGCAGCAUCAAGAGCUGAGAGCCAAGUAUGAAGGGCUGGUUUCAUCAUGCAGAGGUGAUCCUUAUGCCAGACAUUUCAAUGACAAGAAAGAUAACGUUUGCAGCUGUCCUGGAUUUGAUGCAAGAAGUUCUUUUCAUUCCCAAACUCAUGAUUUGCCUAAAAACACUCAAGUGCAUUACAUGCAACACCAGCCUAGUACUACAAGAAGUGAACUUUACAUGUCAGACAGUCAACAGUCUCGUGAACUUCUGAUUGAUGACUUCGGUCGGACAGCAGGGUAUGUUGCAAAGGGUAGGUCCAUUGAGGCACCAUCCUCUGAAAGCAUGACCUCCGAGAGUAGUACUGAGUGGGGUCCACAGUUACUUCCCUUAGUUCAUGAUGUCCCAGGAAGGCAGACUGUUGUUCAACCAUCCUUUACUUCUGAUGUCGAGGUUUUCUUUACAGAACUACCACAGAAUGAUAUCACUGGACACCAUUUUAAUGAUAAAACUGACUGGAAUGAUGACAUCACAAUGCAGUUACAGAGUUCAGACAGCACAAGUGAGUCUGUAGGCCAGGUCAGACUUUCUCCGUCCAUGGAUUCUUCAAACAGUCACUUGCCAUCUCAUUCAUUUGGUCACACCUUGGAGCAUGAGAUGAAAAGUGGUUUUUACUUUGGAUCCUCACCGCACAAAAGAGCAAACGAAAGAGAACAACUGGUGGCUGUUACAGAAGUUACAGAAGGGAAUUUGGGGGGUUGGUCUGGUGUGGUGGAUGAAUCUGUUUCAAAAAAUGAGCAAAAUGACAUCAUGGAGGACCUUGACCAAGAGAUGCAAGAAGAUGAACUCAAGUUGCAGCCAUUGCCUACAGUCAGUUUGUUAAAACUGUCAGAAAGAGAAAUCAAGGAACUUUCUAUGAAAGGCACAUCCGCAGUAUGUGUAGGACACACAGUUUCAGAAAGAGCAUGCAACUUUAAAAAUCUCUGUUUCAAUACCUAUUCACAAGAUUUUGUCAUUCUCCAUAGCAACCAAAGCUCAUUUGUUAAUCUUCCUGCACAUGAUGAAAACCCAGUUCUUCUGGAGCUCAGUACUGUGGCAGGCCACAAUGGCCAUCACUUCUCAUAUGUUGAUAUUCCUGCAAAAGAAUUAAAACAGUUUAAUGUAUAUUUAGUACCUAACAUCACUGUCAUCUUCGCAAGAUUUAAACCUGAUAACAUCAUGCAUGUCUUUCAUGAUGACAUUAUUCCACUCUUACACACUUUACAUGGUUUAAAGCUGAAACCCGCAACAGGAUCAGGGAAAUUUCCAGUGGCAUUAUUUCUUGCAGAUAAAAGUGGUGGCAACGAUUUUUUAGAGUUGUAUGAAGUGUUAGUUAAUAAGGAUGUGUUCACGAUGGAGAGUCUUCAGGCUGAUAAAUCAGAGAGACUAGUGUGCUUUGAGGAGGCACAAGUUGGGCUUUCAAAAGCUACAGUCUGGUAUCAGUAUGGAUUUUUCAAGCCUCAAGGCCAUUUAAAUACUUCCCAAGUCCUGGCAGACCAUAUAAGAAAUGUGAGCUCACAUUUUCUACACUAUUUAUCCAAUGAGUGUGUCUUCUGUGGCAUGGGAAAAUAUAUGGUUCUCAUUGUGCGAAAAGAAACACGACUUAUUGUUAAUGAAAUGGAGCUGGUUACAGCCAUCACCCAAGAGUUCCGUGUGAAGGUUAUGACCGUAAGUUUAGAGACACACAGUGUAGCAGACAUGAUGCCAAUUAUUCACCACUCAAUGGGAAUUGUUGGCAUGCAUGGAUCUUUGCUAUCAAUGGCCAUAUUUCUACAGCCUGGUAGCUUUUUAGUAGAGCUUUUCCCUCUAAACAUCAAUCCAUCCAGAUAUGUCCCCUAUAAAACACUGUGUGAAAUUCCUGGCAUGAAUAUUAUAUACAGGGCAUGGGUAAACAAAGAACCCCAUAAUUCCAUUUCUCAUCCAGAAAGGCCUCCAGAACUUGGUGGAAUUCAUCAUUUGCCUGUGAAAAGCCAACAAGUUAUCUUAGCCCAAACAGAAGUGCCAGACCAUUUGUGUUGUGAAGACCCAUCUUGGCUCUACCAUAUUUUCCAGGACACAGUUCUUAAUAUUCCUCAAGUGCUUGAUGUGAUCAGAAGUGCAGUGCAAGAGGCAAAGAAAUACAUGUUGGAAAAACAAGCAAGUAGCAGAGUACUGCAGAAUAACGCUGCAGAAUCUCACGAAAAAGUUUACAGCAGGGAUCAUCGUUCCUUGUACCCGGAUGCAGAUGAUAGAAAACAAGUGUUAUCAAAUUCACAGUUAGUGCCUGGACCCACUCAUCAUCCUUCAUGCAAGUUGGAACUCUAUGGAGACAUGAAUGCAGCCUUGACUGUCAGAUGGCAACCACCUUGGAACUUGGGACUUAUUCUGGGAAAGCAGAUUGAAUAUAAUAUAUUAGUGCAAGACAGCAACUCUGAAGAACACUUUUCUGUUAGUGUUGGGAAUAUGAACGAGUACAGAAUUUCAGAAGGGAUUAAAGCAAGGACUACAUACAGAGUAUGGGUGCGUUGUAUAUUGGAUGGUGUAGAAGGACCUUAUUCAAGUAUGACAACAUGUGAUUAGACACAGGCUUCCACCAACUGUUCCUAAAAUCACAUAGCUUUUGUUUGUUUGUUUUUUUUGGUAAUGUCACUAGCUUUUUGUAAAAUACCCCAGCACUUAGUAGGGAUGUCCUUUGAGUUUGUUAAAUUUUAAAUGGAUGCUGACAUUUUACAGGCUUAGAGUUGAUACAGUCAAGUCUGAAAUUGUUUUCUACUGUUGACCUCUACUUUGUCUCAUAUGUUGUAAAGUGCUUGUAGUGAGAUGACUUUAACUACUUAAUUUACAAUAAUCUUUGAGAUUAUUCUUUCCUAUGCUGAUUUUUUUUCAGCUAGCAUGACAAAAGAGGUUGGGGGUGGGGGAACAGAAGAAAAGACUGAAUGGGAGUCGGGUGUGUGUGUGUGUGUGUGGGUAGGGGGAUGAACAGGAGAGGGUGAUGCAGGUAAAUGAGACGCAUAUGGCAUCAUUUGCAUGACUAUGCUAUAACAAACACUGUCCUUCACAUAUGGCUAGCAGUUGCACUGGGUACCCAUGAGUUUAAUCUUCAGUAGCCAUAAGCUUGCCUGACCUCUCCAAUGUCUUUAUAUAUAUUUUGUGUAUAUUAUAUACAUUAUAAAUGAUAGAUUUUAGAUAUGUUAACAAUAUUGUCUUUGUAGAAAAAGUCACAAGUGAAAUGAAAUGUUGACUUAGUA